AAUCUCCAGUGGGCGCGCUGCUCGUAACCGCUUUGACUGCCACUGACUCUGUCUCUCACUCUCUGCGGCGCCCGCAGCCACAAGCGCCCCGCGCUCCUCUCCGCGCCGGACCGGCCGCUUUGCAAGCAUCUGCUCUGUCUUCGCCGGGGUCGCAGCCUGGCGCACUGCCACAGCGCUCAUGACCAGAGACUUUCUGAAGCCCUGACUCCCCAGGGCGCAGCGUGCCGCCGCGAUGAACGCGAGCGCCUCCUCGCUCAACGAGUCCCAGGUGGUGGCAGUGGCGGCUGAGAGAGUGGCGGCAGCGGCCACAGCGGUAGGGGCGCUGGACACCGGUGAAUGGGGGUCCCCUGCAGCGGCGGCGGCGCUAGGAGGCGGCGGCGCAGCUAACGGAUCGCUGGAGCUGUCUUCGCAGAUGGCAGCGGGGCCGCCCGGACUGCUACUGUCAGCGGUGAAUCCAUGGGACGUGCUGCUGUGCGUGUCGGGGACCGUGAUCGCAGGAGAAAAUGCGCUGGUAGUGGCGCUCAUCGCGUCCACCCCGGCGCUGCGCACGCCCAUGUUUGUGCUGGUGGGCAGCUUGGCCACCGCGGAUCUCCUGGCGGGCUGCGGCCUUAUCCUGCAUUUUGUGUUCCAGUACGUGGUGCCCUCGGACACAGUGAGCCUGCUCACCGUGGGCUUCCUCGUGUCCUCCUUUGCUGCCUCGGUCAGCAGCCUGCUUGCCAUCACGGUGGACCGCUAUCUGUCCCUCUACAAAGCGCUCACCUACUACUCGCGCCGGACCCUGCUGGGCGUGCACCUUCUACUCGCCGCCACCUGGACGGUUUCCCUAGGCCUCGGGUUGCUGCCGGUGCUCGGCUGGAACUGCCUGGCAGAGCAUGCCUCCUGCAGCGUGGUGCGCCCACUGACGCGCAGCCACGUGGCGCUGCUCUCAGCCGCCUUCUUUGCGGUCUUCGGCAUCAUGCUGCACCUGUACGUGCGCAUCUGCCAGGUGGUCUGGCGCCAUGCACACCAGAUCGCGCUGCAGCAGCACUGCUUGGCGCCGCCCCACCUCGCAGCCACCAGGAAGGGCGUGGGUACGCUGGCGGUGGUGCUGGGUACUUUCGGUGUCAGCUGGCUGCCCUUCGCCAUAUACUGUGUGGUGGGCAGCCGCGAGGACCCGGCGGUCUACACCUAUGCCACCCUGCUGCCCGCCACCUACAACUCCAUGAUCAAUCCUAUCAUCUAUGCCUUCCGCAACCAGGAGAUCCAGCGCGCCCUGUGGCUCCUGCUCUGUGGCUGUUUCCAGUCCAAAGUGCCCUUCCGCUCCAGGUCCCCCAGUGAGGUCUGAAGGCUCCCUCUGUCCUCUCACCAACACCACGCCCCCCGACAAGCCAGCCUUUGGUGAGCUUCUAGGUGCCUGCUGAUGUACUCUGAGAUCCCAAUAGUGUGAAUCUGACUUUGGAAAGAAAGAGAGAAUAAACAUACAACAAACUCACAAGGACAGAAGCUUGGUGGCACUUUACAUAUACAGUGUAUACAUGUGUACAUAUAUGUACAAAUUAUUUGUAUCUUCUGGAGGUGUUCAGGAUGUGGAAGUUCCUGUUCUGUGAAAAUAACUAACAAAGACAUGGUUGUAUACUCAAAUUAUACAUCACACUUGUCAAGUGAACACAUUCCAAUACUGCUUAAUUAUAUCAUUUCAUUUUUAGCUGCUGAAUUGCCAAAACAGUGUUGCCAUUUUCAAGGGCAGGGGAAGGGGAGUAAAAGGUGUAUUUUUAUUGUAUGUGACAGAAUAUUUUGCUGCAUAUGCAUCAGUAAACUACAACAUAUUUUGUACACAAAUAAACACAUUAUAAAAAUGUAA